UGGAAUUUAAAAAACCGCUGGUUUGCGCAUAGGCCCAUGGUAACGGUACGCAACACCUUUGGGAACAAACCUUCUAUGUGCCAGUGAAUAACACCGUUACCUGCGCGCAUGCUCUUGAAUGCCACUCCUUUGUUGCGUUGCUAUGUCGCUACGCUAGCGCUAGUGUAGUAGGUUUUUUGUAUGUUUCCUUUCAAGAUUUUAUUUUUUAGUAUUCCGAAAUUGUGUUCUUGCAGUUUUUCUAUGGAACUUUCUAUCAAUCCGAAUUAAUCCAACGGUGAAAUGCUAGUUGAUUCAAGCAAUUGCGUUAAAACCACCGCCUAAGUUGCCUAAUCGUGAUCGGGUUAGUCAUUGACAGUGAAUCAAGUCCUUUGUGCCGAUUUUCUAGGGAAUGCAAGUGCAUGUUUGAGAUUAUAUACCUUCAUAAGGAAUGAAGCAGAAAUGUUUAUAACAUUAUAAACAUGAUGAUGUAUCAAACAAGUAACCACCAACAUCUCUGGACCGGUAGAUGGGCUUUAAAAAUGUAAACAUAUAGAAAACUUUUGAGGUUGUUGCUCCUAAGUUUACUAUUUUUUCCAUUCAUUCCUGAGAGAAACUGUUAAAAUGACUUGGUGGCAAGCCCUAUUGUUUUUAUCCAUACAACUUGCUACUAUUUUAGCACAAACAACGUUAGUUUAUAAAGGUGUUGACGAUAAUUCUGUAGACAACUAUUCUGGAUUUUUCAUAAAAGGUAAAAGCCAAAAAUAUACAGAUUCAAAUCGAAAGCCUGUUUUCACUGAUUGUGGAAACUACAAACCUGUUGUCAAGGAAGAAAAGGCCGCCGGAACAUACGUUAUAACGGUACAUGCUGAUGACAAAGAUCCUAAAAACGCUGGUGGUACUGUCACGUACAAAAUAAUAAAACGAGAAGGUGAAAGGCCUCAAUUCAAUAUCGAUACCAAUACGGGAGAUAUCACGACUGCCAUAUCUUUCGAUAGAGAUGAGCCUAUUAGACAGAAAGAACUGUACAUUACUGUGACUGCUACUGACAAUGGUAAUCCUCCACUAGCUGAUAUCUGCUCGUUCAAAGUUACUGUCACAGAUAUAAAUGACAACUCCCCAAGCUUUGACCAAGUGGCGUACGAUACUCAAGUAUCCGAAGAUCUAAAGCCCAAGAGUGAAGUAAUGAGAGUUUUUGCUUAUGAUUUGGACGAUGGAGAAAAUUCUCGAUUGUCAUAUAAUUUCUCAGAGACGAACAAUGCUUUUUCCAAGUAUUUUAGAAUUGACAGAGACACUGGCGUCAUCUAUCUAGAGCAACCAUUGACAGGGAAAAGAGAUACAAAAUUCACAAAUGCAGUGAAUGUAUAUGACAAUGGUGUGGCUGACGAGAUGGGUCAGAGAUGGUCUAGGGCCAACAUUUCAAUAACAGUAGUUAGUGAAGAUAGGCAACCACCUAGGUUUAUAGGGAGAGAACCACAAGGCGAUUUGAGGCUAAAAGAAAAUUUCAAUGAUUUCCAAAAGAAAUUAGUUGUUAUUGAAGCUGAAUCGAAUAUUGAUGACAAAGGUGUAUUGUUUGAGCUAAUGAAAGGAAAAACUGCUCAAACGAACAAAGAUCAAACAUUUUUACUAUUCCCUGAUGGCAAUAACACUGCUUACAUAACCCUAGUCCGUAGUUUGGACUACGAAACGGUUCCCGAAUAUACCUUGACUGUACGAAUCAAAAACAAAAAGUUCAUGGAAGCCACCAUGAAUAUUCCCGUUAAAAUCGAAGAUGUAAACGAUGAAGUGCCAACGUUCUUAGAACUACUUAGAGGCUCAGUGGUAGAAAACGAUGUUAAAGGUGUACAAGCCAUGCAAGUUCGUGCUGUAGAUAAGGAUGGUACUGCUGCAAACAAUAUAGUCAGCUAUGAGUUAGAAGAUAACCAAGACAUAUUCGAAAUUGAUAGAACAACUGGUAUUAUAACCACUAAAGUUAGUUUUGACAGUGAGGCUACGUCACUAUAUCACGUAAAAGUGAAAGCUUACGAUAAUUCACCUUCAGCUUUGAACCCAAAUUCCAAUGAGCCAAAUAAAAAUGUUCAAACAUUCCAAAUCAGUAUUGAGGAUCAAAAUGAUAAUAGACCCAAAUUUACGAACCCAGUUUACCAGUUCAUCAAUAUAUCUGAAAGUGCUGAUCAGUCCAACAUUGUGGGAGAAGUAAAAGCUUUGGACAAUGAUACGGCAUCUCUCAUAACCUACAGUAUUAUAGCUGGUAACGAAGGUAACGCAUUCUAUAUGGAAAAUACUACAGGGAGGAUCAAAGUCAAUGCCAAACUGGACUUUGAACAGAUUGAGCAGUAUACUUUGACUGUCAGGGCUUUUGAUGGGAUUUACGAGGAUGAGGCAAAGGUUAUCAUCUCUAUUUUGAACGAAAAUGACGAACCGCCAGUAUUCCAUCCAUACAAGAAAGUUAUACAGCUUGAGGAAGAAACUUUAGUAGAGGAUUGUAUUGUAACUGUAACAGCAUAUGAUCCUGAUAUCAAAAAUAGGUCUGCAGAUCAACACAUCGUUUACGAAGUAGGGGACAAGAAAGAUUUUUUAACAGUUUCAAGAGAUGGUUGCGUGUCAUUGACAAAACCUUUAGAUAGGGACAAGCCAAAUGGCACACCAACAAGACAAGUUUUCAUCUAUGCUUUAGACAAUGAUGGAGGAACUAACUCUCUAAGAAACUACGCAGAAUUUACAAUAAAUCUCACAGAUAUAAAUGACAACGCACCCUUCUUGAAUGUUACCGAAAUCGUUUGGGAUGAAAAUCAACCUCCUGGUCUAAUAACUAGACUGAGUGCUGAUGACUAUGAUAGCCCCGAAAACGGACCACCGUUUACUUUUAGAUUAGCAGAUAGAGUAUCAUCUGAUAUCCAAAGUAAAUUCAGUAUCAGUGAUGAUGAGCUACAUGCUUUGGUCACUUUCGACAGAGAGGAACAGAAACAGUACAGGAUCCCUAUUACAAUCACUGAUAGCGGAAUUCCGUCACAACAAGCUACGAGCAUCUUGACUGUGAUCAUAGGGGAUGUGAAUGACAAUAAGGCUGAAGAUGGAGAAAGUAGCAUCUUUGUCUACAAAUACGCUAAAGGUCCAGAUACGGAAAUCGAAGUAGGUAGAGUUUACGUCAAGGAUAAGGAUGACUGGGACUUAGGCGAUAAAAUGUUUAUACAAGAAAAUCACAAAGAUGAGUUUACUCUACAUGACAGCAAUAGAGGGAUGAUAUACAUGCUGCCAACCACAAUGAAUGGUACAUAUGUGUUGAAUUUUGAGGUGACGGAAAGUCAUCUGCCAGAGAUCGAAACUCAUACUGUAGCAGCCGUCGUCACGAUUACUGUAAAGGAAAUACCUGAAGAGGCUGUUAUCAAGUCUGGUUCAGUCAGGUUACGGGGCAUCACAAAAGAAGACUUCAUAGCAGAACAGGUAUGGUUUAUUAAUAUUGGUGGCCCAAGUAAGAAGGACAUUUUACAAAGACACUUGUCUAAGAUCGUGAACACUUCUUUAGAGAACGUAGAUGUAUUUACAGUAAUGACGUCUCCAAACAUGACCAAUGAUUUUGUAGAUGUUAGAUUUUCGGCACACGGCUCUCCUUAUUAUGCGCCUGAAAAUCUUGAAAACAAACUUACAGAACAUAGAGCUAAGUUGGAAAGAGAGCUUGGUGUAGAAUUUUUUAUGAUAAACAUCAACGAAUGCUUGAACGAAACAAUAUGCGGCAGCUUUUGUACCUGCACAAGCUUUUUGAACAUAUCAAGGGAACCAGCUGUGGUCUUUACGAAUCGUACUUCCUUUGUGGGAGUACACGCGUACGAAGAACCGAUUUGCGAGGCAAUACCACCUCGUAACGCAGACUGCCUUAACGGAGGAGUAUUCAGAGACUAUACUUGCAUUUGCCCACCGGGCUUUGACGGGCCUAGAUGCGAGAUAUUGGGCAUUGGCUUUGCUGGGAACGGCUGGGCCACAUAUCCUACACUUGAUAUAUCUAACAAGACUGAAAUUGUGAUGUUUAUUACACCCCAGACUGAUGACGGAUUAGUAUUUUAUGCUGGACCGUCUACUAUUAGAGAUGCUUCACUUUCAAAAGACUUUAUUUGGCUGGAAAUGAAGCAGGGUUAUCCAUUGCUUAAAGUCAAUACUGGAAAUGGUACUGAAGAAAUUUAUAUGAACAGGAAUUUGAAAAAGCUCAAUGAUGGUGCGUCGCACAAGCUCAAAAUAUCAUAUACUUUUGAGGACAUUUUAUUCGAAAUUGACGAUUGCAAGAGUCACUGCAAUGUUUGGAAGGAAAUCCAUCCAAAGGCAUUGAUAAGAGUGAAUGGGCCUCUUCAACUAGGUGGCCUUAAGUUUAGAUUUAACGAUGAAGAAUUCAAAAGUUUCUGGGGUCAUUUACCACCUUCAAGCGUUGGUUUUACCGGAUGUAUAAGAAACUUGACCUACAAUAAUUAUUUUUAUAACCUUGGUCAACCUUCUGAUGCUUACAAUGCAUACCCUGAUUGUAGCUAUGGAGUAAUGCAAGCUGUUACUUUUGGAAUUGACUCGAACUUCCUGAUUGCGAUCCUAGUUUGUGUCGCUAUCCUCAUAAUACUUCUGCUAGCUGUGGUAGUUCACAGACGAAAACAAGAUAGUUUGAACGAGAAAGAAAUAGACGACACGCGCGAAAAUAUUAUAAACUACGAGGAUGAAGGAGGCGGUGAAUGUGACACAAAUUACGACCUGACUGUCUUCAGACAAACAAGUAUCCUGGAAGAAAAACCUGUCUUACGAGACAUCGCGGAUGUACCCGCGGACAUAAGCUCGUUCCUUGACAACAGAAAAGACACUUGUGAUAAAGACCCUGACAAUUUACCCUAUGACGACGUCCGCCACUAUGCAUAUGAAGGAGACGGAAACAGUACUGGGUCUCUCUCAUCUCUAGCUUCCUGUACAGAUGACGGAGAUCUCAAGUUCAACUAUCUAUCAAGCUUCGGUCCAAGGUUCCGUAAGUUGGCUGACAUGUACGGCGAGGACCCUAGUGAUACUGAUUCACAUGAUGGUGGUGAAGAAUCGUGGUGCUAGACUGUUAGUAUAAUAUACUUUACGAGAACUUUGUACUUAAUGAUUGUUUGACCAAAGAUAACAAUAUUUUUGGAUAUGGGACUGUGAAUACGAUUUUAAUCGAAUGAUACGAAAUUGGGUGAUAUGCCCUUGGUUGAUAGGUCACAGCUGAGACCUAGUGACUGACAAGUUGUUUUAUAUCAUCUGUGCACUCCACAAUAAAGUUACUCAAGCUUUAUAAGAUGUACAUAAUGUUUCCUAAGCAUGGCACACGAGAACGACCGCAAUUUUGGCCUAUUUGGCAGACCUCAAAAAUUUGGUUUGCGUUGGAUAUGGAUAUAUUACUGAGGAAUAGGAUUCUGAGUUUUUAGUGUUUGAUAGCUCCGUUAUUUUUUUAUUUUAAAAGAUAUCUAUAAAAGUUAGUAACAAAAACUGUAAUCAUCUAUAUACACUUCUUAGAUGGAAGAAAUGCUGCUGUCUACAGGGUGAUUCUUAACUUCAUGGCAACACAAAAAUGCAUUUUUUAAAUGGAAUACCCUGUAUAUUGUGCCUGCCAGGCAGACACGCCCGACAUCGGCCUCUCAUCCUAACCAUUUAGAACUGAUCGAUACGACCGCUUCUUUGUCCCUAGGGAGUCCAGAUCCUGGAAGAACCUACAAGAGGCUCUUCCCAGUUCCGCUAACCUUGGGCAGUUCAGAAAUCGGAUUAAUAAAGUUUCUUUGGGAUCCUCAUAUCAGCCGCGGUGUCCAGGAAUUUAGACUUCUGCCUGCGCGGCUGCUUCGGUGUAAGAAAAAGAUAUAGCAUACUAGAGGAUUUAGUUUACUACUUCUGAGGCUACAUGAGGUUUUGUCCGAAAACGCUAAACUUUGAAAUUAUCUGCAUCGCCUAUACAGGGUGUUUAUAAAUGCAAAGAGUAUUUGUCUCAAAAAUUCCGAAUAGUACACCCUGUAUAUUUUUAUUUUUAGGUCAUCUUUUUUAUAUUUCUCAUUUUGGUAUACAUUUUUUUCGGGUUGUAUUACUGAAUAUUAAGUUAUUUACAAUUACAUACAAAUUGACUAAAUACCACAUUUGUGAAAAGGGGGGAUUUUUUGUAGGUAUCUUUAAUUAAGAUUUGUACCCAUCCACUGAACUGAAUUAUUCAGUAGUUUAACCCCCAAAGAAAAUAUAUCAAAUAAAAUCUUAUGAAAAGGGUAAAUCAAAACCGUAAAAAUAUACAAUUCGAAUUGUAUCAAACAUAUACAUUUUGCGUUUAUAUACUAGCACCCUGUAUAAAUUAUGGAUCAAAUUUAGGAAACGUUUAAACGGCGAGAAACCAUGGAUAUGCAAAAGAGGGUGACUUGACAAGUAGUCAAAGUUGAGGUUUUCAUCAGAUAGAAUCUCCCUUAGCUCCAGAAGUAGUUAUCCAGCAUAUGCUAUAUCAAACUUUUUCCAUUGAAGGGACGAUUCAGAAUAUAAUAAUUUGUACAGGGUAUUCCAUUUGGAAAAUGCAUAUUUGUGCUGCUCUGUAGAGAGUGGUGGUUUUAUUCAUUACAAGAGACUUUGUAAAGCAACUAACUUUCAGAUAUAUAUCACCUUAUAUUUAGAAUUUAAAAUUUGUAUAAAGCGCCUUUACUCAAAAUCUAAAAUAACAGUGUAAGUUUUAGAGUAUUAUUAUACAGUCGAUUUGAACCUAUGGAAAAUAUCCAACUUUAACCACUGACAAGUCAAGGAUCAAAUGUAAAUUCAAUUUGAAAUUAAAGCUUUUUAUUGAACUCUCAUGCGGCAUAUGAUUAGCAUGUUCUCCAAACAGGUCAAAAACGGUCAGUUUUUGCGGGUGCUCUUGGUGCUGGAGAUACAGGGCGAACUGAAAUAUUGAAAAUAAUUUUAUUGUGGAGUGUAUUUUUGAGAGUGCACAUAUGAAACAUGGCACAAAGAUGCAAUAUGUUAUAUAUAAAAUGGCUGAGCUGAUAAGGAUUUACUAAAUCAAAUGUAGUUGUGCAAUUUGGAACUUUGUGAUUGAUAUAGCCAGUUUAUCUAAAAAUUUAUAGCAAAAUAUCAAGUUUGUUGUAUUUUGAUUAUUACGAAUAACAAUACCAUUGGAUGAAAUUCAUUUCAAAGGGGGCAAGAAUGGUUGAAUUGAAGAUAGCAAGAUAUCGAAUUUUGCUGUCUAACAAAAAGACUCAAACUUGACAAAACUAGCAAGAAUAACGUUAACAUUUCACUGAGCUUCUAUAGAUUUUAUGGAGUUAUUUAGUUUUAUUUUGAACAGUAUUUUUGUACCAAUUACUUGCCAAAUUUAAAAAAAAAAGGUGAUGUAAAACACUUGAUUUUGACUUAUAUAUUACUGUUUUUUGUUCUCAUUCGGAAGUGCUGUUCUCGAUUAUGCAACUUUUUUUGGUAAGAGUCGGUUCAUUUUUCCAUACAUUUGAUCGUGGUAAGGAUUUCCCAUCAUUUCCAUAUGUGCCUGCUCAUCUAGGGCCUCGUGGCCGAUGUAUGAGUCUCCAACCCAAAGUCUAGCCAGGUGACCUACAGUCUUCAGAGUCCCAGACUAGAAUUUUUAAGGAAAGUGGACAGACACACACGUCUCAUUGCUUUAAUUUUGUGAUUAUCGCUGACAAUAAUUUAUUUAUUUUCUUUUCUCGUGGCAGCUAUAUUACUUUAUUACGAAUGGUAUGGACAAUAUCUUGGAACAAACAUAACAGUGAACAGUGGCCUUUACAUUUGAUGCCUUCAUAUAUGUAAAGAAGCAUGACUAAUAUAAUAUAUUUUUAGUACCGGUAUGAUUGUGACUAAAUGUAAAUUGCUAUUUUUUUAUAUUUGUAAGAUAAAUAUGUGGUCAAAGUUAGUUUAUAGUCUAAUUCAAGCUAUUCUGCUUUUAUACUUUUUGGACUAUUUAUUUUUUCAAAUGUAGGUAUAUCUUUUGUACUAUAUGAAAUAAAACCUAAGUAGAUGAUGGCAGAUGUAUCAAGUGUGCAAUAUUUAUUAUUCAGUUGGUUCUACAUUUUAUGAUUUCUUUAUUCCACAAAAUAAUCAAAUUUUUUAAAUAAUAAUUAUUCUUUGCAUAAAUUGAUUAAAGCUGCUUUUGUAACAAAACCUCUUCGGAACGCGUGGACUAUCAACCCAUUUCCGUUUAUGUAUUUCGUGUUAUAGUAUAAAAGAUACACUUUAUAAUAAAAUGUGAAUGUUAUAGUUUAUGGUAUUUGCUAACCAUUCUUAUUAUAAAUAUUUGUAUGGCCUUACAUUGAUUCAAGGUGCACCAUGCUGCCUUUAAAAAUUGAUUUCUGAUCUCCCCAUUUUGACUAUUCCACAACCUAUUAAGUAAACUAUACUUAAAUUUAAAAUGAGUAUUCUAUAAAACGCAGCAUAUGGUUAAAUUUUAUAAAACCAUAUUUUUGUCAGUACAGGGCAGUUUUCCUACUUUUGUUACGAAUUUAUUUUCAAUGGUAUGUUCUUUUAUAGUACUCACAGUAAAAUAAUAUCUCUAAAAGUUUUCUUUGACGAGCUGCCCUGGAUAACCAUAGCUUGGUAUGUUUUUAAAUGCAAGGUGCUUUUGAUAAGAAAUGAUACUGGCGGCAGCAUUGUAAACUAACAAUAGAACCUGUCCACAUUCCCUUGAACUGACUUAUGUUCGAGUUCCUCGUAAAUUUAGAGGUGUAACACGUUUGGCUUGAUGCAAGUAUCCAUUUUCUGGCCCAACAAAGCUUUUUUCUUUUGCGUCCACGUAACUCAACUUUUUCGCUAACAGACUACUACUCGUAAAAUCUGAACUCAAAAGGGCACAAUUAUCAAUAAAAAGCGCCUUCAUGGAAUAAGCUGAAUCGUGAUCGUGUGAACAGUUCACGGCCCUCUUGUCUAUACCUCUGUCUGACUAACCUCCCCAAAUCAGCUUUAGCAAGUAUUAUAAAGAUUUUCAUUAUAAGUUCAAUCAGAAUUGACAGGACUAUUCUUAGGCAUUUUUAGCACAAACAUUCAAGACAAUACUGUUACUCGUACAUGGCUGUGAGCCAAAGUGCAGUCAUACAGACUUUGCUUACGCGCAGAAGCAAUUAGGAAUAAAUGACACUCGUCGUGGUUCACUUUUCACUCCUCAUUCAAGUCACGCAAGAGAUCUGAAUCGUGCCAACCUGUCAUCUGUUUGCCCCGUGAGAGCGUAGGGUUACUCUUGGCCCCUACAGAUUCUAUCGUUAGCUUCUCAACCGGACAGUGCAAAUGAUCACUCGUCAAACGCACCCUGUACCAUGUAGGAUUAAUCUUCAAACAUUCCCAUAUACUUUUUGUGAUGUGUUUGGCAGCCAUAGUUGAUUUUUGUGUAAGAUUGAUCUCAUCCGAGAUAAUUUUUGUAUGUAUACAUUUUUGUAUUUUUAUUGGAGUUUACUGUGAACACAAAUUGUCCCUCAAUGAAUCAUACAAAUUAAUUUUUGAGCAUUAUUUAUCUUUCUAUGGCUAGGUUUAAAUUUUGAUUGCUUGAUCCACUUUGAUUCAGAUUCGGUACAAAAAUUUGUCUAUUAAUACAUUCCUAGGUAUAUGACGAAUGUGUGAUAUAAAAUGUUUCAAAAUUGUGUAUUAUGAUUUUUGAAGGGGCAAGUGGAUUGUAUUGAUAUAUCCAUAGUCGAGCAGUGAUAUGUACUAUGUAGUAUUUUUUAUAACGCACUUAUAGCUUAUAUAAUGGUAAGUUUAUUCUUCUAGUUAGGUGUUAAUUGAAAGAGUAUUUUUUUAAAUUUUUAUAAAGCAACCACGAAAUCGUAUGUUUAAAUAAUGUGCCUCUAAGCAUAUACAGAGCUUAGUAAUAGAAAUAAAUAUUGCUCACUGCCAUUUAAUAUGUAUUCUGUUUAAAUAAAUCAUUUAUCAUU